GUUAAGACCCGGAUAUUCACAACCUGUACACAGUUCAACCAUCAGAGAGAGACGCAAUCUGCCAACCGGUGAUGAGCUGGUGCACUAAUGAACACACGUCGCCGCCACGGUCCUAAAAGCAGCCAGGAUGGGGUGUACACUGGGCCGUCCCAGCUGGUCCAGCAGCUGGAAACCCCCCUGGCUGUUCCAGCACCCAUUGCCCCUCUGGUAGACACUAUCAGCAUGUCCUGCCGAGACCGAACCAGCGAGUUUCAGUCUGUGUGCAAGUCCCUGCAGGGAAGACAGAAUGGAGCUCAGACCGUCAGACCUGUCAACAAUGCAAUCAGACAGCGGAGUGAUUUCACUCUCAUGGCUAAGCGAAUUGGAAGAGACCUCAGCAACACUUUUGCCAAGUUGGAGAAGCUCACAAUUCUUGCCAAAAGAAAGUCUCUUUUUGAUGAUAAAUCAGCUGAAAUUGAUGAGCUCACGUACAUUGUGAAACAGGACAUAAACAGUCUGAAUAAGCAGAUAGCUGGGUUACAGGAACUCGUUCGAUCCCGGAGUGGACAGAAUGGCAGACAUCUUCAGACACAUUCCAACACCAUUGUGGUCUCAUUGCAGUCCAAACUGGCGUCGAUGUCAAGUGACUUCAAAUCAGUCCUGGAAGUUAGAACAGAGAAUCUGAAGCAGCAGAGAAGCAGACAGGAGCAGUUCUCACAGUCCCCUGCCUCCACUUCCUCUUUCCAUGCCAACAGCUUCAACAGUUCAGUACUUAUGCAGGACGAUUCCAAGAAGAGCGAUAUAUCGAUAGACAUGGACCUCCACUCCAGUCAGAUGCAGUUAAUCAAUGAACGGGAUUCAUACAUUCAGAACCGUGCAGACACUAUGCAGAAUAUAGAGUCCACCAUUGUGGAGCUCGGUUCAAUAUUUCAGCAACUGGCUCAUAUGGUGAAAGAGCAGGAAGAGACAAUACAGAGAAUUGAUGCUAAUGUAGAGGACACUCAGCUGAAUGUGGAUCUAGCUCAUGCAGAGAUACUCAAAUAUUUUCAGUCCGUCUCUAAAAACCGCUGGCUUCUCAUCAAGAUUUUUCUCAUCCUCAUCAUUUUUUUUAUUGUCUUUGUGGUUUUCAUGACCUGACAGCCCGUGGUGUGCAAUGGGCCAUUCUCAUAUUUCUUGAUUCUGCUCUGGUCUCCAUUCUUUGUUGUAAAUCUGCUGCAGAGUGUUUAGUAUUCACUCACUGGAUGCUGAGUUCUUUAGUAAUCUUUUUUCUCUCUAGUUUGUUCCACCAAAUUUAUGAAGAUUGGUAUUAGGGAGAUACACUGUUUUUCAUAUUCCUCAGUUAAAUUGCAGUAUUGGCAGGAUACUUGUCAGUUGUAGUAGAUCUAAAAGGAAUAAAAAGUUUAAUUUAUGUCUAGGUUGGUCCAUUUAAAUUUCACGUGUAGAGGAAACUCUUUGAAAUGAGUUCACAUAUUUUGAUAUUCUGCUUCACAGAAAUUACUUAAUCAGUAAUCAGAAAUAAUGUCAUAUUUUACAAUUGCUAUUUAAUUCUGUUAUGAAUGUUAGACUACAAAGCACAGCUGCUUUUAAAACAGGGUAUUCUAGUCCGGCCUCAUAUCAAUUGAGUGCAGCCAACAAACUCUCUUAACAUUGUUCUCUUCAGUUGGAACUAAGUAUCUUGGGGAAAGUGCCCCUUUUUUAACACAUUCUGGAAGACUUGCCCAAAAUGUGUAAGCUUUUGUGAUGAGCAUUAAUUAUUGUUUACAUACCUUUAAACAGCAUUUGUUGAUUAGCUAUAAAAAUUAAAAAAGACCUGUAAUGUGAAUAUCCUUUUUGAGAAAUCUCAACUAUCAGGGGGAUAAUAUAUUCAAUUAUAAUUCCUGUUUUCAGCAGGCAGUGAGUAGUAAAGCACCAAGCAGUCUUAAUGACAGCAAUGCUUUUGUGGUGACUGCCCAAAGGUAUUAACAGUUUGCAUUUUUAACAUACUGUAUUUUUUAUUCACUUAUCACUGUCGUAUCACUUAAAGAAAUUUCUGGGGGAUCAAUAUUUGGAGCAAGUUGCUCUCGUUUUUAAAUCCUAGUCAGAGUAAAGUACAAGCCAUUGACUAAACAAGGGCCCUGGUUGCUUUCACUGAUCAUAUACAUUUUAUAAAUUAGACUUAAGAAAUCAUGUUUAAUGUUUGAGUAGGUUUUAUCCAUGUCUGUAAUUAUUUACAGUGCUUCUGUAGUAUUUUGUCAUAUGAAGUACUUUAGAGAGGAAAGUUAAACAUCACAUUAGUUAAAACAGGAUUUUAAUUUUUUAUUUCAAACUUGUUUGUACACUUUCACAUAGCUUCUUAAAUAUUACCUUGGCUGUCUCAGGGGAUCCGUGAGUGCACAGUUUUCAAGAUCUCUGUGGAAAGGAUCUUUUUUUUUGUUUUGUUUUUCUCUUCUUCUUUUUUUUAAUAGAGAAAACAUUGAUUUGUGCUUACCUGGACACUCUUGGGUUAUGGAAAAGUGCCACCCCAUGAUUUGUGAAAUACAUACUGUAAAGAAAUUAUUAAUGGAAAUGGAUAUACAGGUGCAUCUCAAUAAAUUAGAAUGUCG